GACGCGGGAGGAUCCGGGUCUGGAUCCUGAGUGUGAGCGCCUGACACUCCUGGGAAGUAGCUAGCAGCGGUCCCAGGAGGGCUCGGACUGAGUAAGGGAUGCUAAUCAACCUUCCUUCCGAGGAAAACCUCCGUUUUCCUUUGCAGAACUAAACUAUGACUCAGCUUAUGCAAAUUGUGCAUUAACCGCGGGAAGCUGGCCCCUUGCCCGACUUCAGCUGCUGCUUAGUUUGGGCACAGCCAGAUCCUUUUUGCUCUGCAGUUAAAGGAUUCAGGUCUGUAACUGCUGGUCUUUUUUUUUUUUUGGUUUUGUUUCUCUUUCUGAGCGAUGGCGAUUACCGUCUUUAUCCUCCGGUUGGCCCUCUGCAUCCUGGCAUUUCCCUUGUACCUGCUGAAUUUUCUGGGCUUGUGGAACUGGCUAUGCAAAAGAUGGUUCCCCCACUUCAUGGUGAGGUUCACUGUGAUGUAUAAUGAGCAGAUGCUGAGCAAGAAACGGGAGCUCUUCAGCAGCCUGCAGGAGUUUGCGGGCCCCUCGGGGAAGCUCUCUCUGCUGGAGGUGGGCUGCGGCUCUGGGGCCAACUUCCAGUUCUAUCCCCCCGGCUGCCGGGUGACUUGUGUGGACCCCAAUCCCAACUUUGAGAAGUUCCUGAUCAAGAGUAUUGCCAAGAACCGACACCUGCAGUUUGAGCGCUUUGUGGUGGCUGCCGGGGAGAACAUGCACCAGGUGGCCGACAGCUCCGUGGACGUGGUGGUCUGUACCCUGGUCCUGUGCUCCGUGGAGAGCCAGGAGCGCAUCCUCCAGGAAGUGCACAGAGUGCUGAGACCGGGAGGCGCUUUUUAUUUUAUGGAGCAUGUAGCAGCCGAACGGUCCACCUGGAAUUACUUCUGGCAGCAGGUCCUGGAUCCGACCUGGAACCUUCUCUUUGAUGGAUGUAACCUGACCAGAGAGAGCUGGAAAAGCCUGGAGAGAGCGGGUUUCUCUAAGCUUAAGCUGCAGCACUUACAGGCCCCCCUAUCCUGGGAGUUGGUGCGUCCUCACAUUUGCGGAUAUGCUGUGAAAUAGCACGCACAGGGGUGCGGGGCUGAACGGCUCAAUCACUUAAGGGUUCAGCUUAACACGAAAGGCUAGUUGGCAGAAAGAAAACCCUGGUUUGGUUAUUUUUGUUAUGAAGGUAAAGUUGAAUUAUAUCCCUAAAAUUUACAUUGUAAUCUUCCCAGCCAUUUUCUAUUGUCUCCCCUCAAGAAUCAAAAACAGAAUAAAACAGAAAACACCUUUGAAUUCUCUGAAAAAGCAGAAUGAGCUUCCAUAGCUGAAUUCUAUCAUUUAUCCCCAAACUGACUUUAUUGAAUAAUUUCAAAAUUUUCCAGGUGUCUUACUUGAAUUGUUAUUCAACAGAUUUUAGUUUUGUCCCCUCUUUGGAAGCUUGAUACUAACAAGUCGAAUAACUCAAAAGACUAUUUUGUAAGGAGAGAUGCAGGGACCAGGCAGGGAGACAGCUCAAAGGGCUGGGGUACCUCCUUUGCAAGUUGGAGCCCCAGGUCUCAUGCCUAGAACCCCAUGAACCACCCCCGCAAAUAAAAAAAAAGAAGUAAAAAUAUCUUAAUAAUUUACAAGCCAAAUAAAAACAAUGUUAACAGGUGAUAAUCCAAAUCAUCCACAUACACACAUACAAGUAGAACAAAUAUUUUUAUAAAGAAAACUGAUACUUGAUCUUCAAGCCUGUGUUCUCGCUUGCUUGUCUCCAUGGGUCUCUGCUUGCUUUUUCCACGCUGGAAAAGCUUGUGCUCUAUCUUGAAUAUAUAUUCCUUUCCCUGUCCCUUUAUCCUCCCUCUGCAUCUUCCUAAGUAAGUUUCAUUCCAUUAAAGCUUUGUGCUUAAAAAUAAAACAAAAAAACCUUUGCUUCAUUAGAAAAUAAAAAAAAGAAUCUGAAUCUAUUUGCUAUUCUUAGUAUCUGUAGGCUGGCUCUCAAAAUUCAUGUCCCAGAAAGUCACAGCAAGGCCUGCUUUGUUGUAUCUUUUAUUCUACCAUUUAUUGAAGUUUGUUUUCCUGCAAUUUAGCCUUCUAUUUGCUUGUUUGUUUGGGUGUCAUAGCUGGCGGCACUCAGGGCUUAUUCCUGCCUCUGCUCAGGGAUCACUCUUGGAGCAACUCCGGGGACCAAACCCAGGUUGACCACAUGCAAGUCAAGUGCCCUACUGUGAUAGAGCUCCGGCCAAUCAGCCUUCAGUUCUUAAGAUAAAGAUUGUACUUGUCGCUUUAUUAUACACUUAAGACUAUUUGAGGCAAUUAAGGUUUUUUAGAUCCUUUUUCCUUAUAGCAUAUACUUUGUUGAGUAUGGUAGAUUGCAGGUAAGAAAGGGCCCACUGUAAUUAGAAAAACCUAUGUAAUUAAGUAUUCUCUAUUAGGAGCUAUGUAAGAGCUCUUAAAAAGGGGACAGGCUGUCUGUGAGCCUGUAAAGAAGUAAACAAGUAUUUGGGGGGAUUAUUGUGAUCAAGUUUCUAUUCCUGUCUCAAGCUGACAUUUUUGUUAUUUUUGCAACUAUCCAAACCUUUUAAAAAUCAUCACAGGCGAGCAAGAUUUUCAGGGGCUGGGGUGUUCUCAGAGGUAGAAUUGUGGUGUGAGGCUUUGCAUGUGUGAGGCCCCGGAAUAGAACCUCAGAACCACAAAAAUAUCUAUUUUCAGUAAUAGAGUACAUGUAUUUUAUUAUCAUUAUAUUUCCUGAGGUUAUUUUGCAUGUUUUUAUUAUAAAUAUCAAAUCAACUAAUUCAUAUACAAUUUAGACAUGGAAAUAUAAUAAAUGGUUUAUAUCUUU